AUGGCGAUGGCCCUGCUCAGCUCGUCCCCGGCUGCACACGACUUUGCCUCGCGACGGAUACCGCCUCGAAUACACAGUUCUUUGCUCGCCGUACCUAGUUCACCGAGUGCUGCCUACCAUGAUGGCGAACUGUCGCCCACGCUGGACUCGUCUUUCGCAAGCUCCAUGUUCGUUCACUUUCCUCCCUCAAGGCUGCAGCCCAGCCGCCGCCCGCCUCCUCUCCGGGUGACCACCUUGAUCGCUCUCGCUUGGCCACGUCGGCUGACUAGAUCCGCUAUGUUUUUCUUUCGUUCUUGCCUCUGCAUCCGCUGCUACACAGGUCCUUGUCGAGCGACGCGUCGCUGCCAGCUGCCGCCUCGUUCUGCUCGGCCACGACUGAGCCCGCGACCGCGACCACAACCACGACCGCGCCUCCGCCCGCGGUUGAACGAUUCUCAGCCGACGGGUCCCCUGACGCGUUACGCGCGCGCGCGCCUUCCUCAUCUGGGUCGGGCCGGGCGGCGCCAGACUUGUCGGGACGUCAUAAUGUUUUCGCGCCGCCGAUCACUUCCAAGCCCAGUCAUGUGUCAGCGCCGAAAGCGACUUCUUCGCUCGAUUCGGCUCCGUUCGCACAAAAGUCCAUCCCAGCGAACAUUGCCGAUGACGUCGAUCGACGCGCCUUCGCGGCCCUCGCCCCCUCCCUCGGUCAAUCAACAUGUCCUGUAACUACAUCGACACUCGAUCGGAUCGGCCGCGAAAAUUCGCUGACCACAACAACGACAUCGACAACAAAGGGGCUCACAGGGAAUUCGUCUCCGAGCCCGGCGGCCGCCCUGUCUUCGCCUUCCCUCGGUGACGUCUCGGCGAUGGAUGUUUCUCCCGCCGCGGCCGCGAUCCAUUCCCGAUUGCCUUCGUCGGUCGCGUCCACCUUCGGCGGUCGCGCGGCUCCCGCGCUCAAUCGCACCGAAUCGGGAUGCUCUACAGCAUCAUCGGUGUCGUUCGCGUCGUCGUCGAGCACAUCAUCAUCAUCCUCGACAACGACCAAGACCAGCGAAGGCCCGUUCGGAAGCUCGGUCGCGGCCCACAGCGAGUUCCCCUUCCUGAAAAACCUGCUGUUUCGCCAGCCGCGACCGUCGGUCUCGACCGCUUCCUCGGUGUCGUCCACAGCUUCUUGCGCCGAUGAUGGAAACGCUUCGUAUGCAGCAUGGAUGAUCCCAUCGAAUAAGCCACGGUCCACAGAACAGGCCCUCGAGUCAUCGCCCGCGCUCACCUCCACGGCCCCACUCUCAAUUCGGCCACGGAUGAGUUCCGGACAAAGUUCGCAACGCCCUUCGAUCAAGCACUAUGCCACUGUACCACCUUCCAAUGCCGAUCGCUUAUUGCCGCCUUUCCAGCAAUUCCAUAUCAACGAGUCCUCCGCUCCUAACGGACAGACCUAUGGCGGCACUGACACCGACGAGGAAGAAGCGGAGGAACAGGGACCCAUGGCCCCGCCGCCGAUGUUGACCGCGAACCGACGUCGCCACGGAUUGCCUUCCGAAUGGGGUUCGGGGAACCUUCGACGUGCUUCAACAGAUGGUAGUCUCAAGCCGCCGCCCCAUCCUUCGCCUGUCAAGCGAGCCUCGCAUCCGAACCUGGGAUCGCGACGUAUCUACGAUGUCAACUCGUCGCCUUUCCACAUGGACGUCGACGGCAGCUCACCUGCGACAUCACCAGUAGCAAUGCUACGUCAUCGCAAUCAUCCACGUUCAGUGUCCGACUCGGCCGGCCGUAGGCCUUCCUUGCCGGAAUGUGACAGCCAAUCACCCCUGCGACCCGACAUUGAGGUCAUCUCUUCGGACUCGGGCGCGUCGUCGCGACUGGGUGACAUCUUCGCCGAUGACCUAUCGCCCAUCCCGCCCUCACGCAAACGAUUCCUCAGUGACGAGCGCGAUUUUUUGGCCGACCCAGCCUCUCCUUCGCCCGCAUUGUGCGCGCCGACCAGCUUGUUUGGGCUUGCGCCGGCGAUGCGACCGAUCUUUGAGAAGGCCAUGUCGACGUCAACGCUGCCUGCGAACGUCGUGCGACGCCAGCGUUCGUCUGCGACUCUUGGACUGAGGAAGCGUCCUUCUCUGUCGACGUUUGCUACCAUGGGUCCUCCGGUCCCUGCAGGCCCGGCGUCGGCGUCGCUCGAAGCACUCAGUCCGUUCGCCACCGCGGCCGCCGGGUUCAAGCGACACGCCAUCACCUCGAUCACGGGGAAACCAAAGCCGAUGCGGAGAGCACUCUCGGUCGCGGACGCGGCGGUUCAGCUUGUCAAACGGGAACACAACGCUCUCGACACCUCCAAUCGCGCCAGCAUCGCGACCGAGACCCGCGCCUUCGCCGACAUUGGUCGGCACGCGGAUCCCACCGGUGCAGAUCUUUGCAGUGCGAUAGCCUCUUCGACCAAGCCCUUGAAGGCACUGCAAGAUACGGGCUCGCCUGUAACUGGCUUCCGCAGUCAAGAGGCGAAAGGCAAGGUCCUGCCGUGCUUUGGCGUCAAGCAGGACGGGCUGAUGCGCAUUACCGCGAGCACGCUCAAUGACCUGCAAUCGGGUCUCUUUGCGUCUCGCAUCAAGCGCUACCUGAUCAUCGACUGCCGCUUCGACUAUGAGUUUGAUGGUGGCCACAUCCGCGACGCUGUCAACAUCCCCGAGCUCGCUGAAGUCGAGGAGAGCCUGCUGCACAACUCGCCGCCCAAGCCGAGUACGAGCGAGCAAGCUCCGGGGGAUGGCAAAACCGUCCUCAUUUUCCAUUGCGAGUUCAGUGCGAAGCGAGCGCCUACGACGUGAGUUGCUUGGCUGCGCUUCACCCUCCGGACUGAUUCUGACCACUGCACCGUUUCUGCUUCCCAUAGUGCUCAACACUUGCGCAAGCAAGAUCGACUGAAGAACCACCACGACUACCCCAACAUCCACUACCCGGAGGUGUACGUUCUUCAAGGCGGCUAUGCCGAGUUCUACCGGUCUUUCCCUGAGCGUUGCAUCGGAGGCUACCUCGCGAUGGACGAUCCCGAGCACAUGGCCAAACGCUCGACGCAGCUCAACAACUUCCGCCAGCGCAAACGCCAGUUCCAGCGCGCCAACACCUUCACCUUCGGUCAAGGCCAGCAGGCAUCAACGAUGAUGCAGACCGCGACCAUAGCGACGCGACCGCCUCUGCACCCGAGCCAGUCGCACAACAUCCGUGGCUCGCUCGACGAAACUUUCUCGUUCCCCGCCAAAGCGUCCGACAAGCCCAUGUCGAUGUCGAUGGCCAUGGCGAUGGAUCAGUCCCCCUCUGCCAAUGCUGGGACUGAGAACAAGAACAAGAGCAAGGCUAAGCCCGGCAUGCUGGCUUGCCACGAGGAUGAAAACGAGGGUGCAGACUCGUCAUUUGGUACCAACGGGUCCUCGCCUUCUGGGGCCGGUGACUCGCCCUGUCCAGGAGGCAAGCUCUCGAGGCAUUCGGUGCCGUUCGGUCGAAAGACGGUGCCCGACUUUGCGCCGGCAUUCCGACCUCCUUCGGCGAAGCAACCUUUCGCCAUUGGUGGAGGUGGCACGGCUCGACGAACCUUCGAACGAGCUCACACCUCGGCCGCCUUGAUGUUCAAGCAAUGA